AAAGAACUUAGCACUAAUUUUACCAUCUAUAUUUAAGAUUUCACAACAUGUCUGGAGCUGUCAGUGCAAUUUUCUCAUGCAUUUUACGUAAUUAUUUGAAAAACAAAACGCAUUUAACCACUAUAAAUGUGAACCCUGCGUAUGUUACAGUUGGACGGCAAUUUACCAUUAACUAGCUAUGUAGCCUUUUGUCAGUGCACUGUGUUCGCAGAGAGUUUUUGUAAUCGUUAGCUUAUAAAUACUGUCACCGUGUUAGAACCUCUUGUUAAUAUGGAUAUUUUAAGGGACGAUGAAGUGCAUGAGCUAAAAUAUAAACCCGGGGGUCGUUUGGACAUGAGCCACGGCUUCCUGCACCAUAUCCGGAGGAACCAGAUUGCUAGGGAUGACUAUGAUAAAGAAGUGAAGCAAGCCAAAGAGCUCCAGCGGCGGAGACACACAACAGUACCCAGACGACCCCGUCGACCUGACAUUCAAGUCUACCAUCCGCGACGAAAAUAUGGUUCAAAGUCAGGAGCCAGUGCAGAAGCCGAGGACUGGAAUGAGAGUGGAUCCAGUACAGAAACUGAGACCCCAGGAACUGAACUCUUCUGGCUUGACUAUCAGGCGGAUUCUGGUACCAUUACCUCCUUCCUUGUGCACAAGGAGGACAAACCUGAGAAGGUGGUGGAACGUGUUGCAGAAAAGAACAUCUUGGAUUCAGCCAUGAGGGCUGUUUUAGAGGCUCGUAUUCAAAAGGAAAUGGACAAGAGACGAGACAAACGCUGACCCUCUCAAAAUGAAGAAUGUAUUCUAAAGUGGCAAGACUUUAAAACCUGUGGAGCAAGACCUAACUCGCAGUUCUGUGUUCUUAAUGAGAAUUAAUGCUGUCUAUGACAGUGAUGGAGGAAUAAGGCAUCUGGGAUCAUGUGUACAGUGACUGUCAGUGGGGACACAACAACUAGCUGAGUCUAUUUUUUUAUCAUUAUUUCUUGUCAGUGAAGGGAUGGCACUAAUCUUACAGUAGACGUGACGGUUCAGAGUAGACUAUCAUGUUCAUGUUUACUAUAUUUCAUCAAUCUUUUACAUUUACCUCAUUCCCUCGUUCAUUUUUGUUACAGAGGACAUCAUUAUAUCAAGUUUGACCAGAUCUUGACAUGAUCUUUUAUGGCAUUUCAUCUUGAUUCUUUUCAGUACUUCUGUUCAUAAGAGGAGAGGUUAUCUUUCAGAGAGCACUGUAAACAUUUUUUCUCCCAGUCAGCAUGUCCUGUUUUGUUUUUUUAUUGUUUACACCUUUUUUUAACUGUUUUUUUUUUUGUUUGUUUGUUUUUUCGUAAAGUGCUGUGAACCAUUCAUCAUGUAUGAUUAGAAAUGUGAGAAUUUUAGUUUCAUAUUUUAAUGAGAGUUGCCAUGGCAAUGUGUAUUUGUGGCAAAUGUUUUUCAUUGUUUCCAGUAUUUUUAUUUAUUUUUGGUCAUUGAAGAUUUUUAUAUUUGAUACUGUAAUAUAUAUUUUUUGAGUAAACAUGAAAUGACCUAUACAUAAAGCCAUUUAUUACUGUCCAAAUGUGUCUGGAUGGGCACUAAUGGAAUUAAACAGCCAUAAACUGAA